UGUUCCUCAUUCACUCUCUCCCAUCAACACACCGCGUAACACGACUCUCUCCGGCAUCAACAUGGAGUCUGCCUCUGCGCCUGGCGCGUCUCCGUCAACAAAGGACGAGGCUAUUGCUCCGCACUCCGAACCAACCUCCAGCACCUCCGAUGAAAAGAUCGAGUCGUCUGUUCCAAAGGGCGAGACAGGCGAAUACUUGAGCGGCUACAAAGUUGUGGUGAUAUUGGUAUCGCUCUGCAUGUGCAACUUUCUCGUAGCAUUGGAUACCACCAUUCUUGCAACAGCCAUUCCCGUCAUUUCAGAACGAUUCCAAGCCCUCGAGGACGUCGGGUGGUAUGUCUCUGCGUACUUCCUCACCAACUGCGCUUUCCAACUGUUAUACGGAAGACUCUACACACUGUAUUCAGUUAAGCCCAUCUACCUCGGAGCUGUCGGGAUAUUCGAGAUCGGGUCUUUGAUAUGUGCGGUCGCGCCCAACAGCACUGCGUUUAUCGUCGGUCGCGCUAUAGCCGGUCUCGGGUCUGCAGGAGCGUUCUCGGGAGCUCUCAUUGCAAUCGUUCACGCCUUUCAGCCGGAGAAACGCGCUGCAUAUUCGGGUAUGAUCGUGGGCAUGUAUGGCAUCGCGUCCAUUGCAGGACCGCUCAUUGGGGGUGCUUUUACCUCUCACGUUAGCUGGCGGUGGUGCUUCUACAUCAAUCUUCCCAUUGGCGGAGUUGUCAUGGUCGCGGUGUUCUUCUUCCUACGAACUCCGAAACAAGUCAAGGCCUUCGACGACGACGCCUCGACAGGUCUCUGGGCCAAGAUCGCAAAGUUCGACCCAUUCGGCUCCAUCGCUUUCCUCGCUUCCAUCAUUUGUCUCCUCCUGGCGCUUCAGCUAGGGGGAACAAUCUACGCCUUCUCGAACGGCCGCAUCGUCGCUCUCUUCGUCCUGUUCGGGGUCCUCCUCCUUGCAUUCGUCGCGCUCCAAUUCUGGGGAGGGAAAAAUGCCACCAUUCCGCUCAGCGUCUUGAAGCAACGCUCCAUCCUGUUCGGCAUGUUCUACAUGUUCUGCGUGGGCGCUCACUUCUUUAUCCUCGUCUAUUUCCUUCCCAUUUGGUUCCAAGGUGUUCGUGGACGAUCGGCUCUACAGUCAGGCAUCGACACACUGCCCAUUCUUCUCUCACAAACCCUCUUCGUUGUUUUGGGCGGCAUCAUCGUCUCUGUCACAGGCUACUACAUGCCCUUGGCGUGGAUAUCGGUAGCAGUGGCGUCGGUUGGAGCGGGCCUGCUGACCACCCUCGACGUCGACUCCGGCACAGGCAAGUGGAUCGGCUACCAGAUCAUCUACGGUAUCGGCGGCGGCCUUGGAUAUCAACAAGGUGUUAAUGCUGCGCAAACGGUCCUCGGCCCGACCGAGAUUGCCAUCGGCACGGCGCUGAUGGUUUUUGUGCAGAACCUUGGAGGCACCAUCUUCUUCUCAGCAGCCAAUAACGUAUUCGUCACUCGACUCAUCAAAAACCUCGCUCGUGUUGCCCCCGAGCUUGAUCCAGGAAUCAUAACGAGCGCGGGAGCGACCGGCAUCAAGGAGGCCGUAAAACCGGAAGAAUACCCAGCUGUUCUCGUGGCCUAUAAUGGUGCCGUUAGGGAAACCUUCAAGAUGGCGCUGAUCUUCGCUUGCUUGGGUGCUAUCGGUGCGGCAGGGAUGGAAUGGAGGAGGGGUCAGACUAAAAAGAAGCAGGAUGCAGACGCUGAAAUUCAGGCCGGCCCGGUUUAUGAAGUCGAGACAAAGCAGGAUCAGAGCGUCGCCAAUUGAUGUCUUUGUACACAAACUCAGGUUGCUGGAAACGCCAUCCAUAGGGCAUUAUUGGGAGGGUGGUUUCUGGGGUUUCUUAUUUUCAUGGGUCCCUCAGAUGUAUUUUAAUGCGAUGGAUACCUUGGAGGCAUGCAGCCUCUCGAUUUCUUUCACGGUUAAUAGAAGACCGUAGGCAGCUUCUUUGCAAACAAAAUAAAGCCGCUGCAAAAUAAUUCUGCCCUCUUGACUACGUCAGGUACCAUGUUACCGGUCAGGGAGUCAGCUAUUGUUUAUGGCCUGCCGUUCAAUGCAAACUUGGGAAAUAUUAGGAUAAACGUAUCAUAUUUCCUAUACAGCUUAUAUUCUUUGUAGGUCUACGGUCUACUGUAGUCUAAAUAAAAAGAAUUCUAGUUGA